CGCCCGGGCAGGCCCGAUCCGCUCCUGCGCGUGGCCGUCAGCCCUUCGUCCCGCCUCGGCUCCGCCGUGCUGCCCGGGAUGGGGCGCAGGGGCCGCUGUGGCUGCUGGUCGAGCGGCCGCCCGCUUUGAGGCCGGGCCGGGCUGGGCUGGGGCCGGGGGAGCCGCCGCGCCGUCCCCUGAGCCGCCCGGCCCGGGCGCCGAGAGACGGCGGCACCAAGAGUGCACGGCACUGCCGGGGACGAGCAGGCGGCUCGGUGCCUGGGCCAGAGCCCCCUAUGCUGUAUCCCCCCUGAUGCUGGCCAGCCUGUGCCCAGAAGAUGAGCAGAUUGCUGGUGGGGGUGACCCUGGAGAGGAUCUGCAAGGCUGUACUGCUCCUGUGUCUACUGCACUUCCUCAUCAUCAUGAUCCUUUACUUUGAUGUCUAUGCCCAGCGCCUGGACUUUUUCAGUCGCUUCAGUGUGCGCAAUGCCUCCCGCACUCUGCCCUAUGUUAAUAUAUCUCGGCCUAACAGCACUGCCGGGCCUCUGGGCCCCGAGCUCCCAGCCCCCAGUGCCAAGUCUGUCAGCAGCAACAGCACCAUCACCGAGAAGCCCUUACCUCCCUGCCCGGAGAUGCCUCCUGGCCUAGUGGGCCGGCUCCUGAUUGAGUUCAGCUCUCCAAUGAGCAUGGAGCGGGUGCAGCGAGAGAACCCAGAUGUGCAAGAGGGUGGCAAAUACUCCCCCCCAGACUGUGUGCCUCGCCAAAAGGUGGCCAUCCUCAUCCCCUUCAGGCAUCGUGAGCACCACCUCAAGUACUGGCUGCACUACCUGCAUCCUAUUCUUCGACGGCAGAAGGUGUCCUAUGGCAUCUACAUCAUUAACCAGCUUUGUGAAGACACGUUCCACCGAGCCAAACUCUUGAAUGUAGGCUUCUUGGAGGCCUUGCGAAAUGAUGAGAGCUACGAUUGCUUCAUCUUCAGCGAUGUUGAUCUUGUGCCCAUGGAUGAUCGGAAUCUCUAUCGUUGUUACGAUCAGCCUCGGCACUUUGCUGUUGCCAUGGAUAAGUUUGGUUUCCGGCUGCCUUACUCAGGCUACUUUGGAGGCGUCUCUGGUCUGAGCAAGACACAGUUUCUGAAGAUCAAUGGCUUCCCUAACGAGUACUGGGGCUGGGGUGGGGAAGAUGACGACAUCUUUAACCGGAUCUCACUUAAUGGCAUGAAAGUGUCACGUCCUGAUGCCCGUAUUGGUCGCUAUCGCAUGAUCAAGCAUGAGCGUGACCGGCACAAUGAGCCUAAUCCCCAGCGGUUCACCAAGAUCCAGAAUACCAAGGUGACCAUGAAACGUGAUGGCAUUGGCUCGCUGCAGUACCGCCUGGUGGAGGUGUCUAGCUAUCCCAUGUACACCAAUGUAACUGUGGAGAUUGGACGUCCACCACCACGCCCCCCUCGGGGUUGACUCUUUGCUGCCUGGCCCUACCCAUGGCCCCAUGCAUGAGGAGCUGUGUGGAUCCCAGCCCUGACUGGUUCAGAGGACUGUGUCCUGGCUAGUAGGACCUGUCUGCCUCCUUUGUGGGGAUGGGGAAAGGCCCACAUGACAUCUUUGCCUUGUCCCAGCCUUUGGCUGGUCCCCAUCCUUCCUCUCACUAGUCAGUUCCCCACAGUGACCUUCAGCAGGUGGGGAAUGAAUGUGUUUUACGGUGCCUGGCUCAGUGUGGGGCUUUUGGGCUCUGUCAGGCCCCAUUCAUGCUUGGAAGGUGCCAAGAACAGGGGGAGCCUUGAGCAGGUCCUUGACCCUCCCUAUGCCUCAGCCAGAGCUCAUCCUUUCCCUGAACUCUUUGCAGGGCUGUCUCUCUUAGGGAUUCCAGAAGUACCAUGGUCGUCGUCUUCUUCUUGUAGCCUGCAAGACUACUGCCUUUUGAGUGUUCCUUCCAUGGCAUUGGUCUUAUCUGAUUCUGACUGCUGGCUCACAAGGUAGAAAGGUGGUUCAUGUGCCCAGUUGGGGAGAGCUCCAUUGAAGUCGAAGCUCUAAUGGGCCUGGCCACUGCCCACCCUCAUUCAUGGCUUGGUGCUGUCCCCUGCUGGGCCCUGGAUGUCUCUUCUGGCUCCAGUAACACAGGGGUGUUUUAUAUAAAACCCUCAUUAGAAUUUUUGAGUGCUUCCUGGGUUAGUGUGGCAUGUAGCCAGUCAGCUGGCAAUAGGGCAAUGGGCACUUCUUCCUCGCAGCAGUUGCUUCUCUGCCCGUGAAAGAGGCAGGUUGGUUGGGUAGUGAUGAUGCACCUCGCAGUAAGGGUGGAUCCAGAAUGGUAUGGUUUGCCCUACUCCAGCAUGGGCUUGUUGUUCAUUUUCACAGGCACUAAAGGACCACUGGCCAUUCAUUGCUACAAUGCAGAAGGAAGACCAAGCUGGCUUCUGCUAGUUUUCCCUGAUCCACUGCCCUAUUCCAGCCACUUUCCCACUCACUAAGCAACCCCUACCCUCUCUACACCAUCUGCGAGGCAGUUCUGCCCUCUACCACUCAUAGUGCCCUCCUUCUCAAACCCACCAUCCACUACUGCAGGCCAGGCCCUUGGAUCUGGCUGUCAGCUCAUGACACACAGUGGCUCUCUCUCUCUCUCUCUGCCUAGUACACGAAGCUAGGAAGCUGCUGGUGUCCCUUGAUACUGGUUACGGUGCCUGGCAGGUAGAAUCUCCUGCGUCUGCCCAUUUUGGGGUGGCAGCUGGGUGAGGCUCAAAGCCUGGUAUUGGCACAUUGCACAGCCUGGGUGUUGGUGACUUUUGUAUAUUUGAAUGUUUUGAUCCCUUUUCAAGCCUCUGGUGAAUGCAGCACUGGUCACUAUGACCAGACUUUUGUAUUCAAUAAAAUUUCAAAACUUGGAGACUCCUUGUGUAAAGAAUGUGGGUGGGGACCGUACUGGAGGGGAGGGGAAGGUUGGGGAUGUUGCUCAGUUGGUGAAGCAUCUGCUUCACAUCAGAAGGUCCCCAGUU